AUGCUCACCAUAGAUAGAGCCCUAGCUGACUCUUGUAAAUCUGUCGCCUCCUCUUCUUCUCACCAACCCCUAUUCGUGUCAUCAGCCGAAAAAAUCGCUCAUAUUGAUGACCUUCUAAUUGAAUUACUUGCUUACCUCCCUAUCAAAUCGUUGUUCAAAUUUAAGACUGUAUCUAAACAGUGGCUUUCCCUCAUCUCCAACCCCGAUUUUUGCCUCCGGCGAAACCUUGUUACUAGACCCGUCUCUGCCAUCAUUGUGCUUUCAAAAUAUCGCCCGCGUCGCAAAAGAGAUCGACGUAAAGUUACUAAACAUGGGUCGACUAAAUAUGAGUUGAUUAAUCUUAAUUCCGAUCCCUCUCUAGGGGUCUUCAAGAAUCUCACUUUUUCAUUAGGGACCGUAAUCCUGCAUUCUUGUAAUGGUCUCUUGUUAUGUGGCAAUGUUGAUUGGCGCAAGCCGAUGCACCAGUGUUUCAUUUUCAAUCCCAUUACCAAGCAACGCACUAAACUUCCUCACAUCAUUGAAAGUCCUCCUGACGAUUAUGGAGGUUCUCCUACCAUUUUUGGUAUUAACUUGGCGUUUGAUCCUUUAAAGUCUCCUCAUUACAAAGUCAUUUGUAUCAGAAAUUGUGAUUCUUCUGAUGAGGGCGGCUUAGGUUAUAACAAGAUUUGUUCAUCAGAAACAAAUGGACCCUGGAGACUAUCUGGUGGUACUGUCCGUGCACUAUCUUAUAUGAAAUUUAAAGAAGGCGUGUUUUGGAACGGUGCCCUUCAUUGGUUUACUUGCCUUGUUGCUUGUUUAUAUUUCACCGUUGAUGAAGAGACCAUACAUGAAUUGCCAAUGCCUCCUCUUCUUAAGGGAACUUUUUUGAGGAAAUGCUACUACUUUGGAGAGUCUCGGGGUCAUUUGCAUCUGAUUGAGGUUUAUAAUCCAUGUACUAUUUUUAAUGUUUAUGAGAUGCCGAGAGAUUACUCCAGGUGUUUUGUAAAGUAUCAUGUUGAUCUUGGAGAGGUUGUCAACGCAUAUCCUGAGAUGGCUAAAAGUAAUUCUCAUCAGUAUGCAGUACUAUGUGUUGUAAGGGAAGAGAAUGAUGAGGACUCGUACAUGGUGUUGCAUGUACCAAAGAAAGCAAUAUAUUUCAGUUUCAAGGAUUAUACUUUCAAGAAGAUUUAUGAUUUUGCUCCUCCGACUGUUGGCACCGGGACUGGUUUUCGUAAUGUAUUAGAAUACACAUUUGGAUGGACGGAUGCUUUCCGAUACACAGAGAGUCUCGCAGGUGUUUGA